AUGGUGGUCGCCAUCGACAAUGACUUUGGAGCACAGAUUAAGUACAGUAUUUUGAACAGCAGUCUACCGUUUAAUAUAGGAUCUGACAGACAAACCACCUCACAGACUUUUGACUUUGGUUGCAGCGGUGUGAUAACUCUGUCUGGCUUCCUGGACUACGAGACAAAGUCUCAAUAUUUCUUCAUUGUGUCAGCUUCAGAUGGUGUGAAGGUGCCAAGAGAAAAGGGGGCUCUGGUGACCACUCUACAGGCGGAGGACAAGGACGCCAACACCAGGCUGAGUUUCGCUCUGCAGAACUACAAAGGUCUGUUUUCUAUUAACGACUUCGGAGUGAUCCAGGUGGCAGCGGAGCCCGGUAACCUCACCGACAACUUCUACAACCUCUUGGUGGAGGUCAGCGACAACGGCAGGCCUCCCAGGUCAAGCUUCGCAGUCGUCAUGGUGGAUUUCUCUCCCACCUUCCUCGAGUCCUCUUCACUGCCACCGGAGGUUGCAACCUCCGAGUUUAAAUCCGUCACCAUAGCAAUGGUGGUUGUGGCCGCCAUCUUGUUAUUAACUAUCGCCAUACUGAUAGUCUUUAUUUGCAAGCGGUAA